AUGCAAAUUAAGCUUCUGGGAAGUCUGACCAUUUGCCUAUACUUCAUACUCUUGAAGAACCAUGGUAAGUCAGAAUUCAAAAUAAAAAUAUAUACUCACGUCGGUGUGUAUUAUAUAGAGGCAGCUAACAGUCCAACUAAUAUAAAUAAUCUCAAAAAAAAAAAAUUAUGGCUUAAUAAAAAAGGUAAAAGGAAUUUGUAUUGCUUCAACCAUAGGAUGCCCAUUUGUUGUUAUGCAAACAAAGUAAAAAAAAGAAAGAAACUAAAAAAAAACGCUGUUAUGUCAAUAAUGACAGAAAAUAAUGUUCAGGAAGUAUUACAGUUAUGUGAAAAUGUGUUUAAAUUUGAAGAUAUAUCAACUUCCUUAGGAGAAGUAUAUGUAAAAAGAAAACAUGAAAGCACACCAUUUAUUCAAGUAGCACCUAUGAUAAAUGUAACGAAUAGAUAUUUUAGGGCAUUAGUAAGGAUUAUUACAAAAAGGGCACAGUUAUGGACAGAAAUGGUAGUGGACAAUACCUUAUUGUACAAUUUAAAUAAUUUAGAAGAAUAUUUAGGUUUUAACAAUAACGAACAUCCAAUUGUAUGUCAACUGGGAGGAUCUGAUGCAACUUCUCUUUCAGAAGCUGCAAUUUUAGUAGAACAAGCAGGAUAUGAUGAAAUAAAUAUAAAUAUAGGAUGCCCAAGUAUGAAAGUAGCUAAUAAAGGAGCCUUUGGUGCUUAUUUGAUGAAAAAACCAGAGGAUGUAAGAAAUAUUAUUUAUGAAAUUAAGAAAAAGGUCCAAAUUCCUGUGUCAGUAAAGAUAAGAACAGGUGUUGAUGAUUAUGAUUCAUUUUCUUUUCUAAAAUAUUUUAUCGAGACUGUUUCAUCAGUAGGAUGUAAUCAUUUUAUUGUACAUGCAAGAAAAGCAUGGUUGAAAGGAUUAGAUCCUAAACAAAAUAGAAGUGUUCCGCCAUUAGAAUACCAAAAGGUGUAUGCUCUAUGUCAGCUAUAUCCUCAUUUAAAAUUUACUCUAAAUGGUGGAGUCAAAACGAUAGAAGAAGCUAUAGCCUUAUUAAAUGGUUACAUACCGCGGAAUGAUAAAUUAAAUAAUGAAAAAAAUUAUGUACAAGUUCAGAAUUAUCACAUAAAUCCUCUCAAUGGAGUUAUGCUUGGAAGAGCAUGUAUGGAAAACACCACUGUUUUGUCGCAAACCGAUAAACUAGUGUACAACCAAAACAUACCCACUACUGCAUAUAGUAGAAGAACUGUAUUAGACGCAUACAAAACUUUUUUAGAGGAAAAUUCCACAUUGUAUACCUUGUCAAGUGCGUUUGAAUAUUUAAAACCAGUCUUAGGAAUUCUAAAGGGUAUGCCAGGUCAUCGAAUUUUCAGAAAUAAAUUAGACGUAUACAUAAGAAAUUACGCAUCCACCUUACCAUGUUCAGACAUAUUAGAAAAGGCAAUGGAGGAUGUUGACAUUGUUGCCCCCGGCUGUUUGGACAUACCCCUUGGAAAUUACCAAUUGCAGCAAGAAUAUAUCAACAAUUAUUAG